AUGGAAGAGAAUCAGGAAGCAACAGUGGCUGGACCAGUCAAAAUUGUCGUGAUAGGAGUAGGUAGUGUCGGAUCCGCUACUGCCUAUACUUUGCUUCUAAGUGGUAUCGUGAAUGAGAUCGUGUUGAUAGAUAUUAACAAAGAUAAAGCUGAGGGUGAAAGUAUGGAUUUGAAUCAUGCCGCUCCCUCCAUUACGAAAUCUCGUGCGGGGGAUUACGCCGACUGUGCUGGGGCCGCAAUUGUUAUAGUCACAUGCGGUAUCAACCAGAAGCAUGGACAAACCAGAAUGGACUUGGCUGCUAAAAAUGCAAAGAUCAUGCAGGACAUCAUCCCUAAUGUAGCGAAAUACGCACCCGAUACCAUCCUAUUGAUUGCCACAAACCCAGUCGAUGUGCUUACAUACAUCAGCUACAAGGCAUCCGGUUUUCCUCUCAACAGGGUAAUAGGGUCGGGAACGGUUUUAGACACAGCCCGUUUCAAAUACAUUUUAGGGGACCACUUCAAAAUUUCCUCUGAUUCAAUUGAUGCCUGUGUUAUUGGGGAGCAUGGGGACUCUGGUGUUCCUGUAUGGUCUCUGACGAAUAUUGAUGGUAUGAAACUUCGCGACUAUUGUGAAAAGUCCAAGCAGGAUUUCGAUGAAGAGGCUUUUCAAAAGAUCUUUGAGCAGACGCGUGAUGCUGCAUAUGAUAUCAUCAAGCGCAAGGGUUACACUUCGUAUGGGAUUGCUGCAGGGCUUCUUCGUAUCGUAAAGGCUAUCUUAGAAGAUACGGAUUCUGUUCUCACUGUUUCAACGGUCGGUGACUACUUUGGAGUGGAACAGAUUGCUAUUAGUGUACCCACAAGACUCAACAAGAGUGGAGCACACCAAGCAGCUGAGCUCACGCUAGAUGAGAAUGAAAUCGAGCUCAUGAAAAAGUCAGCUGGUGAAAUAAAAUCUGUACUGAAGAAUCUCAAUAUAGCCUGA